AUGCCUACCCCAUCAUUUACCCUCAUCUUGCUCAUCGCUUGCUGUUACCCCAUUUAUCAAUUAUGGAAAUCAAUCUCAUAUCGUUGGGCAGUACGAAAGGCAGGCUGCUCACUUCCUAAGCGGUACAAACACAUAGCACCUUUCUGGGGACUUGACUUAGUGAAAAAAAGGGUUGAAUCCAUGAAACUUGGCAAUAAAUUAGCCCUCGACAACUACCUUUUCUCCACCUACGGCAAGACUGUCCAAACCAAUUCCUGGGGUACAAAACAAUACGUCACCAUGGACCCUCAAAAUAUCCAGACAAUAUGUGCGACACAUGUCGACAAGUUUGGGGCAGCUCCUUUGAACAGCGCGAUUUCUCAACCGUUUCUUGGAGAUGGAAUCAUGAACACAGAUGGCGCACAAUGGAAACGCUCCAGAAACCUGCUUAACCCAGUCUUUGCGCGCUCACAGAUUGCUGAGUUAUCAAGCUUUGAAGUACAUCUGAAUCGAUUGAUCGAGAUGAUUCCACUGGACACAACGGUCGAUAUGCAACCUCUCUUUAAGAUGCUAUUUCUCGAUGCCAAUACAGAAUUUAUAUUCGGAAAGUCGGCAAACUCUUUGGCCCCCGAGACGAGUUCUCCAAUUGCUCGCCGGCUUCCCACGACUUUUGAUGCUGCGCUCAGAGGGAUGCGGAGACGUUUCAUUCUUGGAAAGUUGGGAUUUCUGGCUGGCGGUAAUAAGGAAUACGCGAGGAAUUGUAGAGAAACCCAUGAAAUUGUCGAUAGUUUCGUGGAUGAGGAAUGCGAAUUACAGAAAUUGGAAAGAGAGAAAGGGGAUCAGAAUUUAAAUUCACAGACCACCCCGUACAACUACGUCCUUUUGAAAGAAUUAGUGCGCACCACGGAUGACAGAAAGUUCGUCCGAAAUGAACUCAUGAAUGUGUUCUUCCCUGCUCGAGACACCGCAGCUACAAUGACUGGCAACAUUGUAUUCCUCCUAGCUAGACAUCCGAAAGUAUGGGACACUCUCAGAGAAGAAUUUUUGUCAAUUGGCGACAGGCAUUUGAACUUCGAACUCCUCAAGUCGAUGAAAUAUCUGCAAGCUGUUAUGAAUGAAGGUUAGUCGACUUAUAACUGAAGAUAUCGGACAUUGACUUCCAUAGGGCUUCGUAUUCUCAAUCCCGUUGCCAGAAGUUGGAAAACCUGUUUAGAAGCAUGCGUCUUACCACACGGAGGCGGACCCACUGGAAAAGAUCCAAUUCUUGUACAGCCAGGAGAUCAAGUCGAUAUGGCAUUUGGUGCUCUGCAUAUCGAUCCCGAUAUUUGGGGCGAGGACGCCUUGGAAUUCAAACCCGAAAGAUGGGCUGGUUUGAAGCAAAGUUGGAAUUUUAUCCCCUUUCUGGGUGGCCGUCGAAUAUGCCCUGCGCAACAGAACAUCUUGACCGACAUGUCUUACGUGUUAGUCAGGCUUAUGCAACGAUUUAAAACCUGCAGGAACAGGGAUGACUGUAUGGAAUAUGUUGAAGAGUUUGUGUUUACAAAAGGAGAGUAG